AUGACACCUCACGCCACCCGGGGGAAAAGCCCCGGUAUCUGCCCUGCGGAGCUCGCACCUCCUGCCGCCGCAGCCCGGCCCGGGCACCUCCCAGGGGACACCGGCCUCGGGCCGCCCAGAGCUGGUUGGACUCCCUUGCACAUUGCUGCUUCGGCGGGCCGGGACGAGAUUGUGAAAGCCCUCAUUGCCAGGGGGGCUCAGGUCAAUGCUGCCAACCAGAACGGCUGCACACCCCUGCAUUAUGCUGCUUCCAAAAACAAGCAGGAGAUUGCAGUCAUGCUUCUAGAGAAUGGAGCUGAUCCGGAUGCAACGGAUCAUUUUAAAUCCACCCCAUUACACAGAGCAGCAGCCAAAGGAAACCUAAAAAUGGUACAGAUCCUUCUGCAGCACAAGGCAUCUGUUGAUAUACAGGACUCUGAAGGGAAUACUCCUCUUCAUUUAGCCUGCGAUGAAGAGAGAGUGGAGGAGGCAAAGCUGCUGGUGUCUCACGGGGCAAGUAUUCACAUUGAGAAUAAAGAAGAACUGACUCCACUGAAAGUGGCAAAAGGUGGCCUGGGAGCCAUACUUAAAAGAAUGGUGGAAGGCUAGUGGGGACUCUGACUCGACUCUUCCCUGUUGCACUUGUGUUUAAGACUGCAAAGUUCCUAUUUUGAUAGUUCAUCUAGGGUAUCGUGUAUGGCUGUCAGCAUGGUAAUAAAAUUUGUAUCUCUAGGUUUCCUUCAAGUACAGUGCCAAAACAACUGUUUGUACUUCCUGUUAAUUAAACAGUUCACUGAUUUUGAAGU